CCAAUGAUCAGGUCCACGCCGUGCAUUUCUAUAUGCGAACAAGGAACCGAGUUUGGGUCGCCAUUCUCUGGCCGUUCUGGUCACUAGCUGCCAAAAUUGACCAGCGUUUGGGGUAGCUUCUGACAUCCUCAACUGCACACCUGGAGUUUGAGCUGCCGCAGCCCCCGUGGCGAUCCCUGCUCCCGCGGCGCCUGCCAACACACACCGGCACGCGCGAUGGCACUCCCCGCCCAGCCCGCUAAGCCAGAAGUGGGGCACGACGAGGCGGGUGGCCCUCACGGUGACUCGGCGGCGGUGGUGCCACACGCGGCGUGCAGCUGCUGGCUCGGAGCUUGGCGGCUUUGGUUAGGGAGCCUGCCGUGGCUGGGCAGCCGUGGCACCGUUGUCCUCGCGGGCCUGCCAGGCAAGGCAGACGAGCCCAGAGCCAUCGACGCAGACGCCGAGCAGCAGGCUGUGGAGGCUCAGCCGGCUGAGCGAGCUGUCGGUGGCCAGGCGGGCGACGCAGCGCCCGCAGAGCCCCGGGCCACGGCGCCCGAGGCAGCUCCGCCGAGGAGCACGGGCCUCGAUUACCGCAAGUUCGAGCUGCUGGCCCUCCAGGAGGAGAGGGAAAGCCGCGGCAGGGCAGUCCUGCUCUCUGGGCGCAGGGGCUGGAACGCUGCCAUCAACGGCAUGUACACCGAGGACGGCUGCCUCAACGGCCGGCCGCGGCUCCGGCACCGCAGCGGGGCACGCUGGUUGAAGUUCAACGACGCUGGGCAGUGGAUGGUCUCCAAGUACAGCGACGGGCGCCCAUGCGGCGAAGCGCUGGCCGCGGACGCGCCCGAAUCCCCAAGGCAGAUUCGUGGCCCGUGGUACGUCUGCAGCGAGCAGCUCCAGUGGGAGUCCGACGCGUCCGUGGCAGUCACGAGGGAGGGCUGCCUUUGCUGCGGCCGCUCGACGGACAAGCCGCUCCGGUGCGGGAGGUGCAGGGCGGUGAGCUAUUGCAGCCAGGCUUGCCAGCGAGCAGACUGGGCCUACCACAGGCGGACCUGCAGCGCGCCCACGGCCCCCGCGGCGGAGGAGAAGGAGGGGCAGGCUCCAGGCCAGGCGGGCGCGGCGGUCACCGUGUGCACGACGGACGCGGAGGGCACGUCAGGCACGGCUGUGGCGCGGGCGGCGGCAGAGGCGGUGGCAGACGUGACGGCCGCCGUUGGCGCGGCGCGCACGGCCGACGCGUCGAGCAAGGCAGGCGUGGCAGGAUCGCGCGCCCUCCGCGCGGCGCUGGCCUGCGCCCCGGCCGCCGCGGCCCCCUCGGCCGGAGGCAGGACGAGCGCGUGGAACGCCGCGGGCACGUGGGAGGACCGCAACAUGCUCGGCUGGAUGCGGGAGCGGCUCCAGCUGGAGCUGGGCUCGCCCGGGGGGCCCAGCUGCCCCUGCGGCGAGGGCGGCUGUGUGGAGGCCGUGCGGGUGCAAGAGGUGGAGGGCAUCGCGAGCAUAGGCCUGAACCGCGGGGAGCGCCGCCGGCUGUUCGACGUGUCCUUCGAGUUUGUAUUUCGGGCCUCCUGGCUACACGACCACGGCAGCAUGUCCACCGAGGGCGUCGUACAGGUAGUUGAUUCGUGGCGCUUCGCGGGAGCGCUGCCUGACGUCCAC